GGCCGCACCGCCCUUUGGUAACCAAGAGGAGUCACGUGACGGCGCUGAGCGCUCAGCUGAGGAAAGGACCGCCCGGCCUUUUUGCAGUUAUCUCCGUCGGCUACUCCGGCAAGGAUGUCGGGCAAGGACAGGAUUGAGGUCUUCCCCUCGCGCAUGGCGCAGACCAUCAUGAAGGCCCGUUUGAAAGGAGCCCAAACAGGUCGCAACCUCUUGAAGAAAAAAUCUGAUGCUCUGACCUUGCGAUUCCGGCAGAUUCUAAAGAAAAUUAUUGAAACAAAGAUGUUGAUGGGUGAGGUCAUGAGAGAAGCUGCUUUUUCACUUGCUGAGGCAAAGUUUACAGCUGGAGACUUCAGUACAACUGUGAUUCAGAAUGUGAAUAAAGCUCAAGUCAAGAUCAGAGCCAAGAAAGACAAUGUGGCAGGUGUGACCCUACCAGUUUUUGAACAUUACCAAGAAGGAGGGGAUAGUUAUGAGCUGACUGGUUUAGCUAGAGGUGGGGAACAACUGGCCAAACUGAAAAGGAACUAUGCCAAAGCAGUCGAGCUGCUUGUGGAACUGGCCUCCCUUCAGACUUCAUUUGUUACGCUGGAUGAAGCCAUCAAGAUAACAAACAGGCGUGUGAAUGCUAUUGAGCAUGUUAUUAUUCCCAGGAUUGAACGUACACUGUCAUAUAUCAUAACUGAGUUGGAUGAAAGAGAGCGAGAAGAAUUCUAUAGACUGAAAAAGAUUCAAGAGAAGAAAAAAAUACUGAGAGAGAAGAGUGAAAAGCAGCAAGAAUUACGGAAGGCUGCUGGAGAAUUACAGCAAGAACCGGCCAAUUUGCUUGCAGAAGAAAAAGAUGAAGACCUUCUAUUUGAAUAAUUGUCUACAUCUGUAAUAUUUGACUGAAAGCAGUGAGUUUGGGAUGCAGUUCUGGAUACAUUGUGGUGCUUUUUUACACUGUGGCUCAUCAUUUGGUGUAGCAGCCUGAACCUUCUGCUUAUGCUGAUUUCAUUCCAGGAAUGUUUCUGUUGUGAAAAACUGUUAAUGUUUGGUAAUUAAUUACAUGCAUGUGACAGGAACAUUCCCAGCUCUCCCUCCCUGGCUCCAUUUCAUCCCUUUGACAGAGAAGAACUGGAGUACUUUCUUCUGCUGUUUUCAGCUAUACUUAAGACUCCCUUUUCUCCUUUUUCUUGUGUACUGCCAAAUUCUUGUGAACAAAAGUUUAUUUUAACCUGCUCCAUAUCCACAGGUAAAAGCAAUUGUAAUAACUGUGCAAACUUAAAUUAUAAAAAGGUUAUUUGUCACAACUUGAUUUGAAAGAACUGUAGCUAUAUUUUCUUUUACCUUUCAGGAAAGAAAAAAUACUUCCAUUUUAAGUUGUUUCUGCCAAGUCAUUGAUGCUGUAAAGUCAGUAAAGGAGUAUGUCUAAACUCAA